AUGUUCCGUGAUCUUCUUUCCAAGUUCAAGGCAAUUUUCCGUGGCAAAAAGAAAGAUGAAGGCCCAUUUGUGGCAGUUCCUGAGAACCAUUUGGUUGUUAAUAAUUUUAUUGAAAGCCUUCGUGAAUUCCCAGAAAAUCAACCAACCGAUGGAGAGAUUCAUAAUGACUCUCCUGAGAAUGGUGGAUCGAGGAGAAGGCUUAGUCUUACCAGAAUGAAGCAAGCUAUUAAAAGAAAAAGUACAAACACAAAAGCACGCAGUAUGAGAAGAUUGAAGCAUAUGUUAUCUAGUACUUCAAGCAAAGAUCUAGAAUACAAUCUGGGAGAAUCUUCGCCAAUAUCGUCUCAGUUUUCCUAUAAAAGUGGUGCUCAAUCCAAUGGUACCUCUGUUGCUCUAGGAUACUCUUCAGUGUCAACACUGAAGAGUAACCGAUUUUAUAAGACUUCUCAAUGUCUUUCGGUUUACGAUUUAAGGUCAACUUUGGAAAAUGACCAGACCGAUGAGACUGAAGACUCCAGUCCUGUUUGCUUCGAUUCAAAAAUUAGGGAAGUCGAUGAAGAAUUUGCUUUAGUUUGGAAUGAGAAUCCAAUUCAAGAUAGCUUUGGUUCUUCCAGGACUGCUGACGUUUGCUCUGCUGGACCUAAGCCGGAAAUUAUCCAUUUAGAUGAAGCAUCUGUUUGUGCUUCCAAUUCGGCUGCGAAUGCCAUUCCAGAGAUAAUUGGUUCUACCAGGGCGUCUGAGUGUGCAUUAGAACCAACACCAGAGUGUGUGGCUGAUCUCAAGAGAGAGUUGGAGGAGUUGUACAAGAAGCAAUGGCGUAAUCAGGAAGAAUUGGACCACUUGAUGCUUGCUGGUUUAGAUCAUCCUUAUUACCGUGUUGUAAACUCCCAUAGAUUAGACCUUGAACUGCAGAUACGUGUAAUCAUCUGCAAAUUAAAUCCCGAUCAAAAUAUACCUGCCAAACUCCACAAAGAGGAUCAGAAAGAACCAGAGCUACCAAUUGAUGGUCAAGAUCUGCCUGAUAAUGUCCACAAAGAGGACCAUAAAAUGGUUCAAAACGAACCUGAGCCACCGAGUGUGAAUGAUGCACCUACAUAUGUACCCAGAAGACGCUACAAGAGGCUUGAUCACGUUCACAACACAGAAUUGAAGGGGUUUAUGCAUCGGUCGGGAAUGUGGAGGGACAUUGAGAUGAGAGCUCGAUCUAUGAAGCGUUAUACUCCAGAGAAACAACCAGACCCAUUCAUAUUUAAAGUGCUUGAUGUUCUUGGUAUAGAGUAAAGAUACCAUUGACAGAAUGUCAGUUGGGGUUGAUAGUCACCAUUUUUCAGCCUUGGGACAAUUGUUCUAUACUUUUGCAGAGUUACACUAGGAAUUGGGGGAUUCCUAAGUGUGUAGCGCCAUGUUGCAUUACGAAUGAGCAGUAUCCUUUGCGCAGAUUAAUUGGGGACAUGCACCUUACUGGCGCAGUAUCUACAGGUUUUCAAACACCAUGGUAUAUUUGUAUUUGGCGUUUUUCAAGGAUAUGGUUUAGUUUUCCU